CUGAUUCCGGUAAAGCACGGGAGGCAGCGCGAGACCUCACUGACAAGGGGGGUGCAUGCGGAUCGGGGCUCCGGGAGCGUUAAAUGUGAUUUAGGCAUUUUAAAGGCCUCGAAGUUCGUCCUCGAGAGCGGAGAAACCAGUGUGUGUGUGUGUGGGGGUGUGUGGGGGUGUGUGGGUGGGUGUGUGGGUGUGUGAAGGACAGCGCGAGACCUGCAGGCUCUACCUUAGCUGUGGUGCGUGGUGAACCUCCGAGAUGAGUCAGUGGCUGGAGCUUCAGCAGCUUGACUCCACGUUCCUGGAACAGGUGGACCAGCUGUACGAUGACAACUUCCCCAUGGCCAUCCGCCAGUACCUGAGCAGCUGGAUUGAGAGCCACGACUGGGAUCAUGUAGCUAACGUGGAGAACGAGUCUCUGGCUCGAGUGCGCUUCCAUGACCUUCUGACCCAGCUGGACCACCAACACAGCCGCUUUGCCAUGGAGAAAGACUUCCUGAAUCAGCACAACAUCCGCAAGAUUAAACGCAACCUGCAGACUCUGUUUGGGGACAACCCCGUCUCUAUGGCCAUGAUCAUCAGCAAGAACCUGACUGAGGAGCGGAAGAUUCUGGCAGCUGCCCAAAUCUCUGAGAACCCCACGCAUAACGCUCAGAGCGACAUGAUGAUCGAGAAACAGAGAGAGCUGGACAGCAAGGUGAAGGACAUCAAGACCAAGGUUCAGGAAACGGAGCAGAACAUUAAGAACCUGGAGGAUCUGCAGGAUGAGCAUGACUUCAAGAGCAAGACUCUGCAGAAUCAUGAGGAGUUAAAUGGAACAAUAUCGAGGGAGGAGCUGAAUCGUGAGAAACUCUACCUCAAAGCCAUGUUCGUGAAACUCAACAAUAUGAGAAGGGAGGUUGUGGGCCAGAUGUCAGAGGUGCUAAACCUGAUUGAGCAGCUGGAGUAUGAGCUGAUCUCAGUGGAGCUGUCUGAAUGGAAACGACGCCAGCAGAUGUCCUGCAUCGGAGGACUCACCAACGUCUGCCUUGAUCAGCUACAGAACUGGUUCACAGCACUAGGCGAGUGUCUACUUCAGGUUCAUCAGCAGUUGAAGAAGCUGUUGGAGUUGGAGCAGAAAUACUCCUACCCCCAGGACCCCAUCACCCAGAGCCGGGGCUCCCUGGAGGAGCGUGCACUCACACAGCUUAAAGCACUGAUCACCAACUCUAUGGUCGUGGAGAGACAGCCAUGUAUGCCCACACAACUGCAGAGGCCUCUGGUGCUGAAGACUGGUGUACUGUUUACUCUCAAAGUCAGAUUACUGGUGAAACUUCCAGAAUUUAACCACACUGUUCGAGUAAAGGUGCACUUGGAUAAAGAUGUGACGGAGAAGAGGAAGGGUUUCCGGAAGUUCAACAUCCUCGGGACAAACAUGAAGGUGAUGAACAUGGAGGAGUCGAUCGGGAUGGCUGCGGAAUUCCGACACCUGCAACUGAAAGAGCAGAAGGUAGCGGGAAACAGGACGAAUGAGGGUCCACUGAUCGUCACUGAGGAGCUCCACUCUUUCACAUUUGAGGCGGAGCUCUGCUGGUCAGGACUGAUCAUCAACUUCGAGACAUCAUCUCUGCCUAUUGUGGUCAUCUCCAAUGUUAGCCAGCUGCCAUGUGGUUGGGCCUCCAUCAUGUGGUACAACAUGUUGACCUCGGACCCCAAGAAUCUGUCGUUCUUCGUGAACCCGCCCUCGGUGAGUUGGGGUCAGCUGUCUGAGGUACUGAGUUGGCAAUUCUCCUCCAUCACCAAGCGAGGCCUGAUCGCCGAGCAGCUGAGCAUGCUGGGACACAAACUGCUGGGUCCAAAAGCAUCCAAAGACCCUGAGGCUCAGAUUCCCUGGAAUAAAUUCUGUAAGGGAGGCAGUGAGAAGAACUUCACCUUCUGGUUGUGGAUUGAAGGAAUCCUGGACCUGAUCAAGCGACACCUCCUGAGCCUGUGGGAUGAUGGGUGCAUUAUGGGAUUUGUGACUAAGGAGCGCACUAAGGCCCUGCUGAGUGAUAAAGCUCCUGGAACUUUCCUGCUGCGCUUCAGUGAGAGUAACCGAGACGGAGCCAUCACCUUCAGCUGGGUGGAACACACCCCCAAUGGUGAGCCACAGGUGCGCUCGGUUGAGCCCUACACUAAGAAGGAGCUCUCGGCCGUCUCUCUGGCAGACAUCCUCAGAAACUACAGAGUCAUGGCAGCCGAAAAUGUCCCAGAGGACCCGCUGCGCUUCCUGUUUCCUAACACGCCCAAAGACGACGCCUUCUGCAAAUAUUACUCCAAACCUACUGAUAAACAUGAACCCAUGGAUGUGGAUAAGAAAUCAGACGAUUAUAUCAGAACCACGCUCAUCUCCGUCUCUGAAAUGCAAAACCAAAGAAAACGCCUCCUCAACAGCGAAUUCCUACACAGGAACCCGGGCUGGUCUCCUCAACACCAAGUUCAGCAAGCAACGCCAAACCCACAAGGCUGCUCACAGCAGGAACAGAAAACCUCGGAGUAUAACGACAUCAUGAUGCCGCUGUCACCUGAGGUGUACGGAGAACUGGAGCGCAUGACUCGUGAUCUGACUGGAGAACUCGGAGAGCUCUGCUGUGACCUUUCUAACGAGUGAUGACCGACUGGAGCAAUGACCUUCACCCAUCUUCUCAAUCUUCGAAACAAAUGAGGAGGAGAGCGUCUGAGCAUCUAGAAGCUGAGAAGACCUACUUUUUAAAAAAUACGUUUUAAAAAAAAAAGCAGCUAAUGGGACUUUAAUGCACCUUACAUAUUAGAAGCACUUACCUGCUGCUGACGCACUUUUCCUUCUGCUUCUAAAAUUCGUCGCACCGAAGAUAUGCAAAAAAACCGUAUUAUAUUCCACUUGCCAUGCCGAUCUCUGUGCCUUUUUUACACUGUAUUAAACAGGGGAAGUCAGUGACUGUAAAUCCCACUCAUCUCGUAACACAGCAGAUUCCAGUUUAAAGCGAGGCACAGGGGCGUCCUCAUGUGCUGCCUCGGCUCCUUGACCCGCCCCACGGUCAUCCGGACGGCUGCUUAAAACCUGACGCAGGUUAUUUUAUCAUCAUGACACAAGAUGGUCACACGUGCAGCUUAGAAACUGAGCACAAUCAUAGAAGGAGCCAGCGCUUUACUUCUUAAUCAACUUACUUUAACAAGUCCCCCGUUUAGAGUUACACUAUAUUGCCAAAGGUUUUGGGACACCCCUCCAAAUCAUUGUAUUCAGGUGUUGGUCCCAGUGAAAGGAACUCUUAAUGCUUCAGCUUCAUACCAAGACAUUUUGGACAAUUUCAUGCUCUUUGUGGGAACAGUUUGGGGAUGACCCCUUCCUGUUCCAACAUGACUGCACACCAGUGACCAAAGCAAGGUCCAUAAAGACAUGGAUGAGUGAGUUUGGUGUGGAGGAACUUGACCGGCCUGCACAGAGUCCUGACCUCAACCCCAUAGAACACCUUUGGGAUGAAUUAGAGUGGAGACUGUGAGCCAGACCUUCUCGUCCAACAUCAGUGCCUGACCUCACAAAUGUGCUUCUAGAGGAACGGUCAAAAAUUCCCAUAAACACACUCCUAAACCUUGUGGAAAGCCUUCCCAGAAGAGUUGAAGCUGUUAUAGCUGCAAAGGGCGGGACAACUCCAUAUUACAUUCAUGUGCAUGUAAAAGACAGAUGUCCCAAAACUUUUGGAAAUAUAGUGUAUAUAUCAGUCGGUUUUUAAAAAAAAAGGAGCCAUAAAUAACCUUUCAUGUCUAGUCUAAAUAUUAGAAGUCUAAACCUACGCCAAACUGACCGAUCGCUGUUCAUGACCUGACCCAUUUCUCACCACUUGCUGUUUGUGUAAAAGAAAAAACCCAGAACAUAGAAAAUGUCUAAGGUGUGCUUGAAAAGCUUUGCUUUUAUUUAAUUUUUUUUUUGCGAAACAAGCGCUCAGCUUCGUCUGUAACACAACUGAUUCUGAACAGCGCAGCAGGAAGAGUACAAACAAACAUCUGCAUAAUCAUCUUCAUAUAGAGAAUAUAUAUCUAUAUAUAUAUAUGUGUGUGUGUGUAAUAUAUACUAUAUAUAAUACAUUCAGUCGUAGCCUGUGAUUGGUCAGAGUGCAGAAGAUUAGGGUCAGUUCUACAGCUCUUCAUCUCUGCUGUAUGAUUGGUGGUUGUUAUAAAUACCCUGCGUGACUCCACCCCUCUGCUGCUGCCACGCUGCUUGUGCUACUUUUCGACAGGAAGGAGGGUUUUUUUGUUUAUUAGAAGCCUUUGCAGCAUCGUGAUAGAAACGCUUUCCCAGCCUGGAUACACUUGUACAAUGGUUCUGAAGCUGCAGCGCUCUCCAAAAUUACUCUCACCCUGUAUUUAUUUUUAAAAAGGAUCAUCUGAAGGAGUUAGGAUGAACAAAUUACAGCUAAGAGUGCUGAUACUUUUGACAGGGUGCCAAAAAUUAUGGACCGCAGUGAGUGUAUUGAUGAGGCUACUCUAUUCCACAAUUCUGUUCUUUUUUCUGUCAACCACAAAGGAGAGAAAUGUCCAGACUCAGACCCAAGAUUUUUUAGAUUCCUGAUGUCAUGUCGUUGCAGAAACACAAACAAUCUGACGUCAGUUGUAUCCAGGCUGAGAAUAUAUUUUGGGUUUUCUGUUUCAAGUCACUAAAUUCCAAAUAAAUAAAUAAAUAAAUAAAUAAACAGAUGACUAAGUAAGCAAACUUGUGAAUCUGAUUUGGUCUUCACAACAUGGUUCCUGCGCUCGUUAAUUUAUCUGGUCCCUAAAACUCACCUGUCUCACUUCAGUGCAUUCAGAACUGACCUCAGUCACUACAACCACCUACACACACACACACACACACACACACACACACACACACACGCGAAUAAAACAAA